GAGGCGGAAAGGGGGCGUGGCCACAGCGGCGGCGGCAUUGUUCGGAAGCCUUCUACACGGAGGAGAGGGCUUUGUUGCUAGUAGAGGCCAGAGCACGGUGGUUUACCCUGCUUUCCCACCGUGUUUCUCUUCCAGAGGCACCCGGGUGUAAAAUGAUUAUUCCUGUGAGAUGCUUCACUUGUGGCAAAAUCGUUGGAAACAAAUGGGAAGCAUAUCUUGGCCUUCUGCAAGCAGAAUAUACAGAAGGUGAUGCUUUGGAUGCUUUGGGUCUGAAGAGAUAUUGCUGCCGGCGAAUGCUGCUUGCCCACGUUGAUCUGAUUGAGAAACUCCUGAAUUAUGCCCCUCUGGAGAAAUAAAUUACAGGAGAAAUGUGUGCACAAAACACGUACACAUACUCACACAUGGACCCAGAGUACUGCUGGAAAUCCUCAAGCUGAACUUCUGUGGUUGCAAAUGUAGAUUGUGCUCAGUGAGGGAUUUUACUUUCUGGGCACACUGCUGCUCCAGCCACUAACCUCUUCAAAGGAAAUUACUGAAAGCUGAAAUCCAUUUACACACAGUUGGGGACUGUAGUUUUAAUUAAAAGAGGGAUGGAAGUUCAUCAGAAUCCCAUGGAUUUGGAGACUGGUGAAUUUUUUAAAAUUGUUCUUUGAGUUACUGGCAGUCGUUUUAAUAACACUUUAGAAGAUAGUCUGCUCAUGAUGUUGUGCUGAUUGUUCUCCCCUCCACUCCCUGUCCUCCUUUCCUUGGGUUACUCCACAUCUUAUUUGAGAAAGUGGAGAAAGUUAGCUGCAUACUAAGCUCUGAAUUUCAGGUUUUUGCUCCUGGCAUCUGUCAAUGUUAUGGGGAAUUAGAACGUCCUCUGCAGUAACAUUCCAACCUGUUGUAUUAUAUGACAUUAUCUAAAAAAAACUGGAGAUUCAGCUGUGUCAAGUGCCAUGGGUUGUGAUGUGAAAAACUAAUAAUAAAAAUGGAAGAUGGA